GCAAGCCGCCCUCGAUGCAUCGACGGCCGUCACGGACAGGUCGAGGUCGGUGCACCGGCCCACCCCACGGCUCAAUAUCUGCACGCGGAACAUGAUAACACGGAUACCCUCACAACGCGAAGACCCAUCGGCGGCCGACUCUCCCUGCGCACCUGACAGUUCUAGCAGACCUCAUCCGAGGCUCUCCGAUGACUAUAAAAUGGAAGUCGCUGUCGAUAGAUGGAUGGCUGACAUCCCUACUGAAUGAACGGGCAAUCAACGCACAAACUGGGGUUGACCCGGAGGGCUUCCUCCCAGCGGCCACGACUUGCACACCCCGCAACCUUGGCGAUACACACCUACAGCCACGACACCUAAGAUACACAAUGACACCUAAGUGUCCAAUGCACCUUGCCCUCGCCCGUGUCGCUUUUAUCAGCCUAGCCUACCGCAUCGCUGCUCGAUGCAAUCCAUCAUGACGGCUGCCGACCCACAAGGGCGCAUGAAUGGGAAGCCCCAAAUGGCCGGUGAUGCGCCAAUCGUGACAACCAGCCCUCGCCCCGCCCCGAUGCGGCGCUGCGGCGCUUCGGAUCCGCUGACGGAGAGGUGGAGGGGGGCGGUGCAGCAGGCCGUCAAUCGGAAGAUCCACAGACCUCACCCCACCCCGAUGGCCGACAACAUCUGCACGACGUACAAAAUGGCGAUGCACCCGCAAUGCGAAGACGCGCCGGCGGCCGAGUCUGCGCACCUGCGAGUGCGCCCCCCAGCGAACCGCUGGCAGACCUCAUCCACGGCCUUGCGACUAGGGACCAUAAGUGGGGGCCGCUGCCGAAGGACGGCUGCAUGCUUGGAUGAAUGAAUGAGCGGACGGACAGACCGAUCGGCGGACUCAUGGGGGCUGGAUGGAGUGAGCUGUGUGUGCACCGAAUGCAGCACCCCAAAUUGCAACAUCCGACGAACUUGGGGGCUGGUCCGGGGGCUGAGAACGCCGCGACUGACGCACCCGAGGCACACCCUUGGACGGCAACACGCCCUUGGAAUGACACCCAGCAUAUACAAAGACACGGAAGCGUCAAAUGCACCCUUCCGUCGGGCAGCCCAUUACCGCAUAGGGUUUCCCUUCGCCGAGGCGCCUCAUUCAUCGGCCGCCGACUAAGCAAACCUGAAGUUACGACGCACGACAGACAUACACAGACGAACAGAUGAUGAAGGAAUGCACCCCCCGCGAUGCUGGGCUCGUGCGUGCAGCGUGCAGUGCCUGCGGCCUACCUCACCGCCAUGUGACCGCCACAUCAUCUGGAGAGCAUGACUGAGGGGGCCACGAGCCCCUUGGAGUGGACGGCAACACACCUGCAGCCAUGGCACCCAGCCUCAAUGACACGGAAGGCUCAAAGGCACCCUCCAGUUGCCCGUGGCGGUAUACCUCAUGCAGGGCUUCCCUCCGCCGAGGCGCCUCAUCGGCCGCCGACGAAGCAAAGCUAAAGUUAUGAUACACACACGAACAGAUGAAAUGUAUCCCCGCAAUGCUACGUGUGUGCGUGCAGCCAACUGGCAGCCUACCUCAAUGCUGCACAUAAUCACGGCUGUCGGAGUAGCAUCUGCAACAUGAAAUGGCCACCUCCCCGAUGGCCGAUGACCACCCCCAUCGUCCGGGAGGGUGCCCCGAGCCCCUUGGACGGCAACACACCUACAGUCAUCGCACUCAAUGACACGGAAGGCUCAAAUGCACCCUCUAGUUGCCCGUGGCCGUCUACCGGUCAUUCACCGGGCGCCUCCGCCGCCGACGAAGUAAACCUGAAGUUGUGACGCACCACCCCCACACACAUA